UCGUCUGUGACAUCAAGAGCUAGACUUUAUAAGUGAACGGCCCAAGGCAGACGGUUUGUGAACACCAGCAUUAAUGGCAUCGCAGAUUUCCUAAGGAGAUAGACGUCUAGAGAGAGGAAGAGAACUGCAGCUAGAGAUGGACAGAAGAGAGAUUAUGCACAUUGGUUCCUUGAUGUUGUGCAUCAUUGCUCAGGUGUGGUGCCAGUUGUGUGGAGGCCCUUGCUUCUGUCCUCAGACUGUACCUCGUUGUCCUGCGGGAGUUUCCCUUGUCCUGGAUGGGUGCCACUGCUGCCAGGUGUGUGCCAGACAGGAGGGUGAGGCCUGCACAGAGAGGAAUAUGUGUGACAGCCAGAAAGGCCUGCAGUGCGACCACAGCGCCAGCUUCCCUGGAGGUCCAGGGGAGUGUGUCAGUCAGAAUGCACUGGGCUGUGAGGUCAACGGUAGGCGCCUUGAGGAGGGUCAAACAUUCCAGCCAUCGUGUGCACAGCUGUGUCAUUGCUUGGGUGGCGGUGUGACCUGUGUGCCACUGUGCUCCGAUGACCUCCAGAUGCCUGCAGCCAACUGCCCCACCCCCCAGCUGGUGCGUCUGCCCGGGAAGUGCUGCAAGAAGUGGGUCUGUAACAUUCUGGAUAACAGCAUCUACCCAGAAACACUGGCAGUGGAGAGACCAGUGGAGAGACCAGUGGAGAGACCAGUAGAAAGGUUAUGGCAGGACUUUGGUCCAUCUAUGAUGGGCCAGAACUCCAACUGCAUUGAGCAGAUGAGCGACUGGAGCCCGUGCUCCCGCAGCUGUGGCCCAGGUGUCUCUACCCGCACCUCAAACAAAAACUGGGCCUGCCGCCCACUGUCCCAGACCAGACUGUGCCAGGUCAGGCUGUGCCAGGCCACCAACAUUGCUCGGAGGCUGUCAGCGGGGGCAGGUGCUUGUGAGAGCAGCUACAGGUCUCCAGUGCCUGUUCGUUUGGAGCACCUAGGCUGCCUGAGCACGCGGACCUACCGCCCCAGGUACUGUGGCCUCUCAUGCCCAGAAAAACGCUGCUGUAUCCCCUACCGCACCAGAACAGCCCACGUGGCCUUCCGCUGCCCCCGGGGCAAGCUGACUAAGCAGCAGGUCAUGAUGAUUGAGUCCUGCUCCUGCCAACAUUACAACUGCCCCCAGCCAGUACUGCUCCCCGCCCCCAGGAGAGGCCUGCCCUGGUUCUAGCGAAUUAGGGGAGUGGUGGAUAUCAAUGCAUGAGCGAUGGGCAGGUCCUGUCAGGUGAGAUGAUGAACAAUCUUCAAAGGGUAUCCUAAUUUCAUAACUUUUAGCGUGCAGGUUUGAUUGAAUUCCAGUCCAUGUUUUCCUUGUUCAUUAAGUCAAGACACCCAUGUUCCAGGAUAUUUAAGAAUGUUUGUUGACAUCUUAUCCUGACAUUUUUGUUUCAAUUAUACAUAUAUUAUAUUAUAUAUGUUUAUAUGUAUAUAUUUGGACAGCUAACUGACAAUGACAUGUUCCCAACCAAACAUGUCUUCUUCUUGUGUUUACCUGUAGCCUAUCUAUGGCUAGAAAAUAGGCAUACAAUUCCAUGAAUAAGUAUAAGCAUCAUGUCUGACUGUAUACAUAUGCAAAUUAAAUAUAAAUAUUAUUGCUUAAA